UGUCAUGUGUAGUGAAAUUAGGGGUGCCGUGGCAAGGUUGAAGAAUGAGACCAAAGGCUACAAAAAUGCUUUGUCCUUAACCAUUUGCCUAAGAGGGAGGUAUAGGAUCUUAAGUAAAAAACUUUUAGGUGAAGAGCAUUUUUGGUCCUUAAGUUGGCGGUACAGCAGAGAUAUAGGUCCAGUUUUGGAUUUUCACGCUGUCAAUGAAUAUUUUUGUUGGUGGUACUGUGUAAAAUUAUUAAGUCUCUAACUUCCGUUGGUAUGAUUUAAGUUUUUGGCUGAGAUUUUUUGCUAAUAAUUUUGGUUGAUUAGCAGUAAGAUUCGACUCUCUCUACUUUUUGGUGAUUGUUUCUUCGAAUUUGGAUUGCCAAAGUGGUAAACUGUCGGGUCUGUUAUAAGCAUAGCGGCUUUUCUUUUGCCAACAUUUUGUUUUCUUUUUAUUGGUGAGGGACAUUUCUCUUUGUAGGGUUGUUUGUGCUUUGUGUAGCAUUAUGUCAUUUGAAUUUCCGCAUGCAAUAGGCUAGUUGGAUGAAGAAAUUUUUGGAAAUAAAUUGUUUGUGAGAAAGACUUUUAGAUUACAAAUGAAAAUGAUUGGUUUUUUCUAGAUGGCAAAGGAAAAUUACCCAGGUUUUCCUAACAUGUCAAUUAGAGAAUACAGUUGUCAUGAAUAUUAAUCAACAGCCCUGUUAGCAUACUUAUGUGGUCUUUGCUUGAGACUUCUCCUCUAGUAAUAUGUUAAAAAGGAUUAAGAAUCUCGAUUAUUCGAUUAAGGAAAGUCAGCGGGGCAGAAUAAAAUACAAUAUGGAGGUUUUCUCAAAUGUCCCAAGACCAACAAAUCUCCUGUCCUGCUGAAUCAUUAGCCUGCGUUUCUAGGAAAUGCUCUUUUGUGUAUGAAAGCUAGUGAUCUGCUUUACUCCUAUUGCUAUUCCUCAGACUUCCCUUAGAUGGUAAUUGAAAGCAGUGUCAAACCUCGUUACUAAAUAGCUUAAAUGGUGGUAGAGUUCUUACCAAAGAAGUAAACUCGUUAUCCAACCAAUUGAGUGUUUGCUAUACAUAGUAAUCCCACUUUGCUAAAAUUUAUUUUGCUUUCCCUUGCCAAAAGAGGUGCAAGGAAACAUCGUGUGGAUCCUCUUCUUGAAUGGUAAGUAAUUGAAGCCAUUAAAGAUUGAACUGGCUUUUUCUUACAUACUUCUUUUACAGAGAAGUUAGCGAAACCUCAUUGAAAGUUUUGAGAGCUCUUUUAAGAUUAUUUAAUGUUUUUUUUUGUUAAUCAAGGCUAUCUAAAUGUAUCAUAUAACUCGAGUAUGGCAGAGGUCUUGGCAUAUCCAGGAUAUCAAUUCUGAAGCAGAUUUUGACUUUAACACCAGUAUCUAAAUCCCUUCCAAGAUGCAAAGAGAAAUUUUAUAAAUUCUCGAACAAAUCACAGAUCUUUCACGUCAACACCAGUAUAUAAAUCCCUUCCCAGCGGCACAGAGAGUAUAUGGAAUAUUCAUGAUUUAUCCACUGAUGAAUUUGAAAAGUUCUACCAGUUUUGGGAGGGAAAGAAUUGUCUUACUGAAGAAACAUCCUAGCAUGAAAAGCAUGAAUCGGAGGGGGUUACACUUGUUUUAGUUGAAGGCACAUGGCAUAUAUGCAUCCCGGACCUCUCCAUUGCCAUAAAUGCAAGUUGUCUUUUGUGGAAAGACCAUUAUUUCUCAUUAGCAAUUUAGCAUUCAGCUAUUCCAUCCACCACCAUAAUCCAGUAUAUAUCUUUUCUUGAGUUGUCUGUGCUGCCCAUAGAAACUUUUGGAGAGAUGUUGGUUUUUCCUUUUUUUCCCCUCUAUUUCCUUGAACAGGUUUUUCUUGAAGCGUGAGUCAUCUGCUGCCAUCAAGAGAUAGGCAUCCCUAAUGCCUUGAUCAAGAACACUUUGCCCUAAAACAGAACUUCGGUAAAAUUCAUAGAUCUAUUUUUUACUCUUGAAUAUACUCUUCUUAUCACAUAAGCUUUUUGGCGAUUCAGGAGAAUCCUCAUGGUAUUGGAAGGAUCAUGAAUUCCAUUUUUUCUUUUCUGUUCCUUCUUAAUGCUUUUUUCUUUGGUAGUGCUGAAGCUGAAGCCUGUCGGACAUGGAGAAAGUGGCAGCUUGACACCAUCUUGAAUGAGUUUUUUUUCUUCUGCCCACUUUACUGGGAGAUUGUAAACCAUAUCCUCCCGACGUCAUCUAGGUUAUUCGCUAAGGUAGAGUGCAUUUUAACCCCUAGAUGCUACUUUCAAGUUACAGAAAAUGUUAGAUUAUGGGAAGUCUUUUGGCAGAAAAAUGUACUUGGUUUUUAUAAUUGGAUCUCUUUUCUUGUCUCCGUUUACUUGAAAGGAGGAGAGUUAGUAUUGUGAGAUUACAGGGAAAAGAGCUGCUUUUAUUGUUGGGACAAAAAUCCUAUGACACCCUUUGAAAUUUUCAAUUGGGUCCUUCUUCCAUUAAUUUUUUCUGUGUUCUGGUAUUAUGUUGCACAUUUGAUGUAGUGGUUUGACCUGAAUGAUAUUGCAUCUCAGUGGGUUAGGAACUUAGGAGUACUGUAAGGCUCUUGGAAAGGUGAACUAAAUAAGAGAUCGCACAGGAAACUCUUAUUAUACUGCCAGCAUGCUUUAUAUUUAUGUAUAAUCCUAAAUCUAGUGAACAAGGUAUUAUAUUUUAUUAAGAUGCUCUCAGAUGUCUACUUGCAAUAAUUUUCUGUUGAUUACUUUAUGAAAUUUUUUAUUUUAUUUGCUAUAUGUUUCAGCGAAGCUAGAACCAAUAUGGGAAAACCAGGGCCCUGCCACCAUUGUGGUGCUAGAGAAACUCCUCUUUGGAGACAUGGUCCGACGGAGAAACCACUGUUAUGCAAUGCAUGUGGAUCGAGGUGGAGGCUAAAGGGAACACUUGAUGAUUAUACUCCCAAACGCUUCCGUUCAGUUGUUAGGAAACGAAAAUUCCAAAAUACCAUAGAUGUCCAUGAAGUGGAGAGGAUCGUUGAUACUGGAGAGGUUGCAUUAGGUGAUCUCAACUUUAAUCAAUUAUUAGCUUCCAAUAACAAUAAAUCAAGUUUAGAGUUAACUACAUCUGAAUCCCAUCUACUCAUCAAGUUCAAAGCUAUUGCUGAAAGCGCAAAUUCAGAUAUGCACGACGACUAUCGAGUUCCACCAGUAAAGAGCAGCUUUGCACACAUCGAAAUUCUCCAAAAGGAACUUUAUGAAAUGUAUAUUGAUCAACAAUGUGCUUCCACCGUCGCAGCUCCAGAGCUCAUCUACAGUAAUCUUAAUGGCGGCCUAAAGCAGGACAAUGAGAUAGGGUUAGGAGUUGUGAUGCUUAACACACCAAUGGUUGCCAAGGAGGAAAAAUCUGGAUCAUCUACUUUUUUGUGGAAAAAGAAUGUUUUACCCUCACAUGCCGGAGCUAAAGGAGAAGUCUUUUUAAAAAUGGACAACAUAGACAGCAGUCAGGGUGUUGCUACUCCACCAGCACCAGCAGAUCCAAAGGCGGUGUGCUGAAGACCAAGAAUAAGGAAUCAAUUGGCAAACCCGCACCUGGCUCUUCCUCAAUCGAUGGUGAUGUCAGCUGUACUGGAGUUGGGAUUGCAGCUCAUCCGAGCCAUUGAACUGAUGAUAUUUCUAUGGAAUUAGUGCCCCUUCAGUUGAACCGUAUGUUUUGGUAUUGUUAGCUGGCUCAGCUUAUGUUUCUCACUUCGAGUACAACUUGAAAACCAGUUUUUAUGUUGUGGGUAGUGUCUUGUUGCAUGCAUGAUGGCACGUGGCUCUCUUUUCCAGCUUUAUUAUGUAAUAAGUUGCUGGAUGUGACCUUUGAAUAUCAAGAUAUUGUCAUUUUGGUGGGUCC